GAUCCUCCAAAGAUCAUAUCCAAACGAACAAACGGACACGUCACUUCGUCUGCUGGAGCACUGUCCACUCAUUUGCCUUCGCCAUCCCUUCCUCCUUCCCAUUCCCACACACGCUCUUUUUUUCUUUCACCUCGUUGAUUCUGCCGUUGGAUGGUAUAGGAUCGCACCUAGGACAAAUGGCCUCCGAAAACAGAUCCCUCCUCGAGAUGCUCCAUGGCCAAGGUCAAGUUCAAGGCCAAACCCAGGCUCAAGGACAGCAGCAGCAGCAGCCUGUCGCGUCUCAGCAACAAUAUCAGCAACCGCCCAUGGCCAACGUGCCUCCGCCACCAAUGCCACAGCAUCCCUUCUAUCACAAUAUGGGUCCAUCACCGCCCCAUAUGGGUCAAAUGAUGCCCGGCUUCGGCUACAGUCAACCAGGGAUCGACCAGCAUCAGGACUACAUGCAUCGAAUGAUGCAGUGCGGUCCACCCAUUGGCCAGUUUCCUCCUGGACCUCCGCCUCAGAGUCGCCCACCGCCCCAGGGCCACGCACUGGCUUCCUUGCUACAGAGUCUCAACCAGCCUUCAGCAAUAUCACCGACAAACACGUCCGCACCGACCUUUAGCGCACAACACCAGCAGCCUCUGCCUCAAGCACACACACCUCCCUCUCAGGCAGGUCUACAGGCGGAUCUGCAGGCGAGCACAGAGGGUCUCAAGCUAGCGCUAUUCGGUCCACCCAAGCAGGAUGCACCAAUCACUGCUCAGCAAAAGACAGAGGAUCUCAAACUGGCGCUCUUUAAGGGAUCGCGUCCUGAUCUGGCCCAGCUCCAGCCAAGUCCAAAGAAAGAAGAAGUCAAUUUCUUGGCCAUGCUUCAGAAGUCGUCCAGCGCUUCGUCGCCAGUACCUCAGACUGACAUCAAGAUGGAAGGGACCACAGAUGUCAAGAGUGCGGAAUCAAUCGGGGAAAGCAGUACCAAAUCUCCUGCUGCCAAGGAAAGCACAUCUCAGUCGAACUCGAGAGCAAAAUUCACUUAUGUGAAUCCAUUUCAUUCGUUCACAAGCACGGCAAGUGCGGCCAAUGCAUCGAACACAGCUUCUGCGACGCCUGCGGCUCCUUCGGCAUCUGCUGCUGCUGCGACGGCCGCCACCACAACAGGGAACGCCACUUCUCCCUCGAACACAAGGACAAGCACACCAACUGCUCCUUCUCAGGAUAUUGUGGCUCCGGGCACCUCUUCCAAGCGCUCGUCAUUCAGCGCCCCAGCUCCUCGUAGGGAGACUCCCACGCAUGCGGAAGUUGAUGGGAGCAACCAUCCUCAUGACGACCAGAAGCGAUACCAGCUUGAUCAGCUGCUCCCUCCUCAUUCGGCCUGGAAUCACCGCGUGCAGAAAUUAGCCAAAGGCAGCUUAAGCAUUCCUGAUGGCGUAUACUUAAGUCACCCUAGAUCAGCGAUUACAACCUAUGACAUUGGACUGGAUAACCUGGACGCAAUCUUCUCUGAGGAUCUGGAGACGACUCCGAUCACUCUCAUCCCCACUGAUGUCGAGUAUAAUCAUGGCAGAAUGGUUGCUGUGAGCAAAGGAUACAUCAGUUAUGCUGCUAAAGGAGGCAAGAUUCGAGUCAUCCAGCAGUCUCACGGCCACCGUACUCUCCUUCGCGGUCAUACCGACCAGGUUAUCGACAUGGGCUUCUCUUCCGCUGCACAUGAUGCGUCCAAAAUGCAGCUGUUGGCCAGUGUCGGCAAGGACAGCAGACUCAUCAUCUGGGAUCUCUCAGGAUCUGACACAGACUCUACGGACAUUGUACAUUCCAAAUAUAUGGAGCUGCUUGGAGCGCCUCGGUCAGACCAGCCGCGUUACACUCGUAUCGCCUGGAGCCCUGUCCAUCCGUCUCAGUUGGCCUUGGUCAACAAUGACGACCACUCGGUUCUGAUUGUCAACAUUCACAAUCUUGUUAAGUCCCAGGUGGGCGACUCUCCAGUCAUGAGCGAGGCGCAACUCUUGACUCACUCUCUUGUUAUUCGCGCUCACGACCAGACCAUCAACGACAUCUCCUUUUCUCGCGAUGGCUCUGUUGUUGCCACCGCUAGCGAGGAUGGAUCUGUCAAGUUCUGGGAUCUCAAGACCUCGACGCUGGAACCAACUCUCUUGAAUGAAUUUGUUCCCCAUGGUGGAUUGGGAGUGACGAAUGCCAUAUUCGUCGAUCAGCCAGGUGCCACCAUUUUGCGAUGCGUUGUUACAGCUUGUCGAAGGGGAACCGAACUAAGCUUGUGGCAUGUUGCAGGAACCGACCCGCUCGAUCAACUUGUCUUCAAGGAACCUCCCUCGUCUUCUCGCCGUUCAUCUGUUGGCAAAUCUGCUCUGCGUCUGCAGGAGAUGAGAAUGUUCAACAUUAUGGGAUAUGAUCAUGAGACUUCAAGCCUAGUGCUUGCGAACAGUGCUCGUCUCUCGCUUUUCGGCCUUCAGAUAAAGGUUACGUCGGCAUCUGUCAAUAGUGUCUCGACAAAGGAUCAGGAUCAGGCCGCAUAUAUCAGAGCCGCUGCCGCUACAGAGGAGACACCAUGCACAGCGACAUUUGACUUUAUGAUUGAGUAUCCAAUGCCUCAGCCUGUUGUCAGCUUUGUGGUCAUGCCAGAUUCGUCGCUGGAGUACAAUGGUUUCUCAGUCUAUUGUAUCCAGACCAAGGCAGUGCAGCAGUAUACCAUUAAAGGUCUCGAGCCUCAUGAUAAGCACAAGUGCCAGACGUUCGUCUCUGCGCCGCCUGCGAACAAGCCUGCGGAAUCUAGACCUAAGGCAAACGCCAGGACAAACAUGCCUAAGUCCUCUAGCUCGCCAUCGGUCAAGGGCAAUGAUGGCGCAGAUUCCUCUGCUGUUUUUAAGGCUGAGAAGAACGUAUCCGAUUCGAACGCCGCCACGCCCGCCGUCUCAGCAGAAACUCAGGACAAGGAGCAAGAAAAGUCGCUCAAGCUACAUGGACCUGUUAUCAACGGAGCAAUCGCGAAGCUCAAGGAGAAGAAACGCAACUCUGCAGCAGACAACCAAGCACAUGCAGAGGGGUCCGACAAGAAGGAGUCGCCCAAGGUCCCUGUCUCUGGGCGGAUGGGCAGGAAAGGGAGCCAAGAUCUAUCUACACAGCAGGAGGGUGUUUCAGCAAGAAAGGGACAGUCUGCAUCUACAGAGACUAAACCUUCAGCCGAAACAGCGAAGUUGAUAGGGCGAAAUACGCGUCAGCUUUCCAACCGUCAUCAGGAAGCGACUGAACCCAUACCCUUACUUGAGCAAACACCUUCGACUUUGUCUGGUGGCUAUGUUUCGAUUUCCAUGGGUGACCUUCAAUCAGUUCUUCAGUCCAUGGAGGAUAGGAUGGCAUCACGCUUUGAGAAGAGGCUGAGCGUAGAGCUGGAGCAGCAGUAUCGAAGAAUGGACCAGGAUCAAAUCUCGAGACAGGAGGUUGUCUUGAAGAUGGUGUCGCAAACCCUGGCCAAGAACACCGAGCAGCUUUUGGUUCAGACUGUCCACAAGGAAAUCCAGAACUCUGUUGUGCCUUCGUUAAAUAAGAUUGUCGGGACUGCUGUUGAGCGCCAGCUUGCACGUACUAUCAACGAUGCCACGGCCAAGGCAUUGCCCUCCGCUGUUGAAGCAGCUGUGAGCGAGAACGUGGAGCGGCUCAUGGGAAACCCCGCGUUUGUUACGGACUUGACAACACAGAUUGCCUCCACAAUACGCCCCACCUUAGAAGACUCCUUCAAGGACAGCUUUACCAAGAUUUUGAUCCCCUCAUAUCAGAGGGCGACGCAGGCCAUGUUCCAGCAAAUCCACGCAGCUUUUCAGAGCGGAAUCGAGGAUCUAGCAUCAGCUAGCAGCAAGGAUCACGACUUGAUCAAGGCGCUGACGUCAAGUGUACACAAGAUAGCAUCAACCGUAGAUAACAUUCAGGCCGAUCUUGCUCAGGUUGUGCAGGCGCAACCCGAUCAAUUUUCUGGCAGCCAGCCUCGGUUCGAUCAGCAGCGGCGGAGCGUCGCUAGCGGACUGCAGAGGGCGCUGCAAGGCGACGAUGUCUCGGGCCACCCUGGCUAUGCAUCACGGAGAGCCUCCCAGCAGCCCUCGCCUGUAGAAUCGAAGCAGACUGCCGCGAUCAACCAGCUGAUUGCGUACGGUGAUUUUGAGGGCGCAUUCACUCAGGCACUGUCGACAAACGAGUCCAGCGUCGUCUUUCACGUUUGCACGAAGGUGUCGCCAAGGGCCGUAUUCCAGCAAACAUCCGCGAACCCCAGCGGUUCGCUGAGCCAGCCUGUGUUGCUGGCUCUCGCGCAUCAUCUGGCGAAUGAACAACUGGGCCAGAAUCUUGGAAUCAAGCUGACAUGGUUGCAGGAGGUUUUGAUGCGGCUGGACCCCAAGGACCCAGUGGUGGGAGAUCACAUGGCAAGGAUCCUGCCGACUGUCCAAAGACGUCUGGAGGAUACCUAUGCGGAUCUUGUGAGCAGCGGUGAGGCAAGUCCUCAUAUCCACACGCUCCAGCUGCUCAUUCGCUACCUAGUCAACUUGAGCUCUUGAGACGCAGGAUGUAGCAACCAGAAGAAUAAACAGUCUUAUUCAUACUUUUUUC